CUACGAGUGAGUGGUCGAACAAACCCCCAGACACCAAAAGUAAAGCAAAGACCCUAAAGGCCGCUAACAAUCAGGGCGGGCAGGCCUGAGAAGCAGAACCGCCUCGCCCAGUUUGGCCCCAGUCUCUCGGCACGUGACAUCCUCGACUCCUCUCUUGCCUCAACCAUAACAUUCUCCCCCGAGGCAUCAUUCUCGUCGCAUAAUCCCUCUCUGCUUGGGCUGCUCUUGUCAGCCUUGGCUUACUGAAGUUGCUGGUUCACUCCGGCCGCGCCCCCCGACCUAUUGAGCUUCCGAACGAGCUGCAACCCUUUGGCUACUGCUUCGGCUCCCUUUAUACGUUCGCUGGACCUCACAGAUUCACGCCAUUUGUAGCUAGCCUCGAUGGUGGAAGCAAGCACGGGGCAAGAUCUCUCCGCAACCUCAGCCCCCGAGUCCGUGGGCAAAGAACCCAUUAACAUGACCCCCUCUGGCAAUGAGGACGCCAACGGUCCGGAACCACCUUCCGAACAUCCAGCCCCCGAUGCUGCUGAGACCCAGGGAUCGACCGCUGGCGCAUCAUCUCAGCCGGCCUCUCCACCGGUCGCAUCGACACCUAGUGCCUUGGCUGCGACUGAAAAUGCCGAACCGCCCAAGAAAAACCGUCUGCUGAUUCCAAUUCCAUCGCGACGGUCCUCCAAGACGGAUCAACACUCGACAUCGGAAAAGACUGCGGAAGCAACACAGGAUGAUUCCAGUCGGAGAGGAUCCAGAGUGAGCAUCUUGAAGAUCACACGGGAUCGCAGUCGGGCGAGUAGCAGACGGUCGCGACGGACUCAGCAAGAAGCGGCCAACGUGGAAAAGGGUCAGGAGACGACAACCCCGACCACACCUGAGAUGAACGGACCAGCCAAGCCUCACGAGAAGAAGGGAUCCAAGUUCUUUGCGUUCCUGAGCUGCUGUUCCUCGCCGGACGUGGAUGGCGACGAUAGUACCGUGCCUCCCAAGAAGACGUCGAAGCAGCCCCCUGUGUCCAAUCGGCUGCCCACUCCAGACAAAGCGGAAGCUCAUACUGGAGACUCGAGUACUGCUGAAUCGAGAGACCCCGCUUACUUUGGCGACGAGAAAGUCGUUGCGGUGACGGCGGAUCACCAGCAGCCUCAGGAGGAGGAGCGGAACGCUCAGGUUUCGCCCGAUACGCGAGGUGAGGGAGCUUCGACUGCUGCUAGUCAGCCCGACGUCCUGCCUGUGGACUCCAAGGAGCAUGAGCCCAAGGCGGCCGUGGCAAAUGGAGUAAUACCAGAGUCCAAGACCGACGUUGUGAAAGCCGAUGAGCAGAUCCCCGCGACCGACGCUGUCACAACCAACGAGACGACCCCAAAAAAGCCCGCAGCGGCCGAAGGCGAGACUCAAUCGCACGAAGAGGAACUAGUCCAGGCACCGGUUGUACUGCCCCCUCCUCCACCACCACCUGCCCCCGAGGUGAUCACCGCGACGGAGGGCGCCGAGCAGCAACAAUGGUUGCUGCCGCCAGCGCUCCCACACCUGUCGAACCGCAAGUGUCUGGUGCUGGAUCUUGAUGAGACACUCGUUCACAGCAGUUUCAAGGUUCUCGAGCGUGCUGACUUCACGAUUCCUGUGGAGAUCGAAGGCCAGUAUCACAAUAUCUAUGUGAUCAAACGCCCAGGCGUGGACCAGUUCAUGAAGCGUGUUGGAGAGUUGUAUGAGGUGGUUGUGUUCACGGCGUCCGUAUCUAAGUACGGUGACCCUUUGCUGGAUCAACUGGACAUUCAUAAUGUGGUGCACCACCGUCUCUUCCGCGAGAGCUGCUACAAUCACCAAGGAAACUACGUCAAGGACCUUUCACAAGUAGGCCGCGAUCUACGGGAAACGAUUAUCAUCGACAACUCGCCCACGUCUUACAUCUUCCACCCCCAACACGCGAUACCCAUCAGCAGCUGGUUCUCUGACGCUCACGACAACGAACUGUUGGACCUCAUCCCCGUUCUCGAGGAUCUGGCUGGGGCCCAAGUCCAAGAUGUCAGCAUGGUCCUGGACAUUACCCUCUGAAACGAACGUUUUGUCCGGAUCCCUCUUACGCCUAAGAUUCCCCAUUAAGCGAGUCCUUGCCUUGUGUUUUUGGUUUACCCUUUUUUCCUGUCGCGAGAAAAAGCUCUUUUUCCUUCUGCAGUCUCCUUCCCGGUUCCAGUACAACCCUCCCAGCUUCAAUUCCAGCAUUUUUGUGACCCACGCUUGCCGUUGUUCUUCUGCUCACAUUUACUUUGGGCCUACUUCGCUUCUUCAAUAUUCCGGACAUCGGCCCAGAUGGGGAACUGGUUCCCCGGGGGUCGUAGCCUGAAUGAUGAUGCAUUUGUCGUCAAUUUGGCCCCCGUCAUUAUAGCCCACGCAAUCAGCCUGGCAUCUUUGUUCUUCCAUAUUUUCUUUUGGUCGUCUAUCUUCCCGUGUCUUGCAGGUUUGGCAUUGUGAUCUCACUUAUCUGAUCAUCUUCCAAGCCAGCCAUUUUAUCGUUGCUCCUCCCCAUUUCCUAGUACCGUCCUCACCAUUGGAUCCUCCGUCAUGCCCCCCCUCUGAUCUUUCCUUGCUGUCUUGUCUCCAGUUCUCCUACCAAGUCCCGCAUUCUCCAAUGCAUUACGCAGGCGUCUGUUGGUUAUUAUGCCCCAUUCCCCCCUAUGUAUCCCCCCCCCUGUCAAGCCCGCGUCCCUUGUUAUUUUCCCCCAGCCUUGCUACGCUGCGUCCUGCUCUUCCAGUUCAAGACUCUGCAUAUCGCUGUCUGUUCUGUUCAUGCCGAGUCCGGUUUACCUCGGGAGCAGUGUACACUAAUAUUUGUCUUCCUGCACUCUGCUCGUGAACUGAUCGUUGGGAAUUGCAUCGUUGGAUUCAUUCCUUCCGCAAUGUAUAUGGCCCUCUAUUCGGCUGCGGCUCCGUGGCUCUCUAUGCUGUACAUAAUCCUUGAGAAGAUAUUUCAUCUGGAAUUACAGGACCUAAGCGUGUGAAAUAUUAAU